AUGGAUCAUAUGGGAGCGCAUCUCCACCAGACGCACGCAGACACCAUCAGUUUUGGGAUCGAUCAGAUUCUUCACAAUGCAGACCAGGGAAGCUGCAUGAUCUCCAACCCCAGAAUGCAGGAUCUGGACUACGGGUUGGGCUGCAUAGUCAGCACAGCCUAUAAUACCAUGACUGGCAACUACAAUGUCAAUAACUCGGCUGGAUACAAUGGAAACUCGUGCAGCGUUGGCUCCCUCAACGGCUCGUACAACAUGAACUUGGGCACGAAUGUUAAUGGAAAUUGCAUUAAUUCUUCGGGAGUGAUCCGGGUUCCAGCGCACCGGCCGCUGAGCAGCGUUCACUCGUCCAUUCCCACCAGCGCUGCCACUGUGCCAAGUAUGGGAAGCAUGGGCACCAUUAACAAUCUCACGGGAUUAUCGUUUCCAUGGAUGGAGAGUAACAGGAGAUAUACCAAAGACAGAUUUACAGUGGCCCUCUCACCGUUCACUGUAACACGUCGUAUAGGUCACCCGUACCAGAACCGAACGCCUCCGAAGAAGAAGAAGCCCCGGACGUCGUUCACGCGCCUCCAGAUCUGCGAGCUGGAGAAACGCUUCCACCGUCAGAAGUAUCUGGCGUCAGCUGAGAGGGCAGCCUUAGCGAAAGCACUUAAAAUGACUGAUGCGCAGGUCAAAACAUGGUUCCAGAACAGAAGAACGAAAUGGAGGCGGCAGACGGCAGAGGAGAGAGAAGCCGAGCGACAACAAGCGAACCGAAUCCUUAUGCAACUUCAGCAAGAAGCUUUUCAAAAGACUAUAAACCAACCUGUUACUCCGGACCCAGUCUGCCUACACAACAGCUCUCUAUUCGCACUUCAGAACCUUCAGCCCUGGACUGAGAACACGGCGAAAAUCAGUAGCGUUCCUAACACUGAUUAA